CGCGAGCGGGCGAACCCCGGGGUGCAGCCGGGAACAUGAGCAGCGAUCGAGGCGCGCCCGCACGGCCGGGCGGCUUCCGAGGCGGCCGGGAGGCGGCGGCGCGACCCCGGCUGCUGCCGCUGCUCCUGGUGCUCCUGGGCUGCCUGAGCCGCCGCACCGUGGCGGAGGACGCCGAAGUCCACGCGGAGAACUGGCUGCGGCUCUAUGGCUACCUGCCCCAGCCCAGCCGCCACAUGUCCACCAUGCGCUCGGCUCAGAUCCUGGCCUCCGCCCUUGCAGAGAUGCAACGCUUCUAUGGGAUCCCCGUCACGGGUGUGCUGGAUGAAGAGACCAAGGAGUGGAUGAAGCGGCCCCGCUGUGGGGUGCCAGACCAGUUCGGGGUGCAUGUGAAAGCCAAUCUGCGAAGGCGGCGGAAACGCUAUGCCCUCACUGGGAGGAAGUGGAACAACCGCCACCUGACCUUCAGCAUUCAGAACUACACGGAGAAGCUGGGCUGGUACCACUCGCUGGAGGCGGUGCGCAGGGCCUUCCAAGUAUGGGAGCAGGCCACCCCCCUGGCCUUCGAAGAGGUGCCCUACGAUGACAUCCAGCUACGGAGGCAGAAGGAGGCUGACAUCAUGGUACUCUUUGCCUCUGGCUUCCACGGUGACAGCUCACCAUUUGAUGGCACAGGUGGCUUUCUGGCUCAUGCCUAUUUCCCCGGCCCUGGCCUAGGUGGGGACACCCAUUUUGAUGCAGAUGAACCCUGGACUUACUCCAGCACCGACCUGCAUGGAAACAGCCUCUUCUUGGUGGCGGUGCAUGAGCUGGGCCAUGCACUAGGGCUGGAGCACUCAAGCAACCCCAAUGCCAUCAUGGCACCAUUCUACCAGUGGAUGGACACAGACAACUUCCAACUGCCUGAGGAUGACCUGAGAGGCAUCCAGCAGCUCUAUGGCACCCCAGAUGGUCAACCACAUCCCACCCGGCCUCUUCCCACUGUGACACCCCGACAACCAGGCCGGCCAGAUCAGAGGCCCCCUCGACCCCCACAGCCACCACCUCCAGGAGGGAAGCCAGACCGGCCCCCCAGGCCAGGCCCCCCUGUCCAGCCCCGAGCCACAGAGCGACCAGACCAGUACGGCCCCAACAUCUGUGAUGGGAACUUUGACACAGUGGCCAUGCUUCGAGGAGAGAUGUUCGUGUUCAAGGGACGCUGGUUCUGGCGAGUCCGGCACAACCGUGUCCUGGACAACUAUCCUAUGCCCAUUGGCCAUUUCUGGCGUGGUUUGCCCAGUGACAUCAGUGCAGCCUACGAACGCCAGGAUGGGCGUUUUGUCUUUUUCAAAGGUGACCGCUAUUGGCUCUUCCGAGAAGCGAACCUGGAGCCUGGCUACCCCCAGCCAUUGACCAGCUAUGGCCUGGGCAUCCCGUAUGACCGCAUUGACACGGCCAUCUGGUGGGAGCCCACGGGCCACACGUUUUUCUUCCAGGAGGACAGGUAUUGGCGCUUCAAUGAGGAGACGCAGCAUGGAGACCCUGGCUACCCCAAGCCCAUCAGCGUCUGGCAGGGAGUCCCCAUCUCCCCAAAAGGAGCCUUCCUGAGCAGUGAUGCAGCCUACACCUACUUCUACAAGGGCACCAAAUACUGGAAAUUUGACAACGAGCGCCUGAGGAUGGAACCCGGCUACCCCAAGUCCAUCCUGAGAGAUUUCAUGGGCUGCCAGGAACACGUGGACACUGGACCCCGAUGGCCCGAUGUGGCACGUCCACCUUUCAACCCCGACGGAGAUGCACAGCCUGGGGUGGAUGGUGACAGCACAGAUGGCACUGUGGGCGGUGGGGCUGGUGAGGACAGAGACAGGGACAAGGACAAGGAGGGGGGUACUCGAGUCGUGGUGCAGAUGGAGGAGGUGGCUCGGACGGUGAAUGUGGUCAUGGUGCUGGUACCUCUGCUGCUGCUGCUGUGCGUGCUGGGCUUGGCCUUUGCACUGGUACAGUUGCAGCGCAAAGGUGCGCCUCGCGUGCUGCUCUACUGCAAGCGCUCCCUGCAGGAGUGGGUAUGACUCCACCCCCUAGGCCUGACUGGCUCCACCCCCUGGGCCUGACUGACUCUGCCCCCUGCCCAUCGCUCCUCCUUCCCACCUGGUGCUCAGGGCUGGCCAUCUCCCAGCCACACAGUCCUCUGUCAGUCCUACCCUCCUUGUUUAUUUAUGCCCAGGUAUCUCCUUUCUUUGUGGCACCUUAACUGAGUGUGUUUCUGCUUUCCUGACCCGGGGAAGGUUGCUGCUUAGAGUUCUCUCGAUGUACUUCUGUCUGUAGCACACAGGGAAGUACCUGUGGCACGGACACAGCCAGAGAAACAGAGGACAGAGGACAGAAGCCCACCCAGGGCUGUGCAGCGUCUUCCUGCCCUGGCUGCUCCUCACCCUGAGCCACAGGGCUAUCAUAGAUGCCUGCGUUUGUCUUGAAGGGGCCCAAAUAGGGCCCCCAUACUUUUGGAUCUGCCUUAGGAAGAGCCUGUUACCCAGGGACACCGGAGCCACAGCAGUAUUCACUGGCCUCUGAGUGGUGAGGCUCUGUCCCAUCCUGGAGGAGCACCUCUGCUCCUCGGGAAAGU